CCUUAUUAUUUUAGGCCAGUAUACCCAGCAGAAGAAUUAGAAGAAGAAAGUGUUACAGAAGAUGAUGCAGAAUUAACAUUAAAUAAAGUGGAUGAAGAAUUUGUGGAAGAAGAGACAGAUAAUGAGGAAAACUUCAUUGAUCUCAACGUUUUAAAGGCCCAGACGUAUCACUUGGAUAUGAACGAGACUGCCAAACAAGAAGAUAUUUUGGAAUCCACAACAGAUGCUGCAGAAUGGAGCCUAGAAGUGGAACGUGUACUACCGCAACUGAAAGUCAUGAUUAGAACUGACAAUAAGGACUGGAGAAUCCAUGUUGACCAAAUGCACCAGCACAAAAAUGGAAUUGAAUCUGCUCUAAAGGAGACCAAGGGAUUUUUGGACAAACUCCAUAAUGAAAUAACUAGGACUUUGGAAAAGAUCGGCAGCCGAGAAAAGUACAUCAACAAUCAGCUUGAGAAUUUGGUUCAAGAAUAUCGCGCAGCUCAAGCCCAGCUGAGUGAGGCAAAGGAGCGAUACCAGCAGGGAAACGGAGGAGUAACGGAAAGGACCAGACUCCUGUCUGAGGUUAUGGAAGAAUUGGAAAAGGUAAAACAAGAAAUGGAAGAAAAAGGCAGCAGCAUGACUGAUGGUGCUCCUUUGGUGAAGAUUAAACAGAGCUUAACAAAACUGAAGCAAGAAACUGUAGAGAUGGACAUUAGAAUUGGGAUUGUGGAACACACAUUACUCCAAUCAAAGCUGAAGGAGAAGUCUAACAUGACUAGGGACAUGCAUGUAACAGUCAUUCCAGAACCAGCAGCAGGCUUUUAUUAAAACAUACUGUGUUUCAUGUUUCUGAUUGGUCGGGUUUUUUAUAUCAAACUAUAUUUCAUGUUGCAUAGAUUUCAAAACAUAAAUUUUAUGUUCAAUGGGAAUUUUUUACAUAUGUACACUUACAUAUGAUGGUGAUUAUGAUGGUUACAGCCUUUACACUAAUGUAAAGUUUAAUAAAGUAAUUACAAAUUCUCACUUUCUCACUCAUAUAUUAUAUGAUGGUGAUUAUGAUGGUUAGAGCCUUUACACUGAUGUAGAGUUUAAUAAGGUAAUUACAAAUACUCACUUUC